ACAUUUCGGCAAUUCCUUUUCAAAAAUCCUCAUUUUGUGCUUGGACCUCGAAGAAGACGGUGCAAAAGCUGCAUUUUCCUUUUCCAAAGACUAACAAGUUUUUGAAGAAAGAUUUGAAAGAUGAACAACCUUCCCUUUCAUCUGAAAGACCACAACUACAGUGGAAGGAGGGGGCAGAAGAGACGCUGGGAACAGCAGGACAGCAGCUCUGACAGUGAUGAGGAGCCUCCUCAGUCAAGACUGCGUACAAGUGCUGCUACUUCCCAGCCAGAUAGACACUGGGAACAGCAGGACAGCAGCUCUGACAGUGAUGAGGAGCCUCCUCAGUUAAGGCUGCUGCGUACAAGUGCUGCUACUUCCCAGCCAGAUAGACACUGGGAACAGCAGGACAGCAGCUCUGACAGUGAUGAGGAGCCUCCUCAGUUAAGGCUGCUGCGUACAAGUGCUGCUGCUCCCCAGCCAGAUAGACACUGGGAACAGCAGGACAGCAGCUCUGACAGUGAUGAGGAGCCUCCUCAGUUAAGGCUGCUGCGUACAAGUGCUGCUACUUCCCAGCCAGAUAGACACUGGGAACAGCAGGACAGCAGCUCUGACAGUGAUGAGGAGCCUCCUCAGUUAAGGCUGCUGCGUACAAGUGCUGCUGCUCCCCAGCCAGAUAGACACUGGGAACAGCAGGACAGCAGCUCUGACAGUGAUGAGGAGCCUCCUCAGUUAAGGCUGCUGCGUACAAGUGCUGCUGCUCCCCAGUCAGAUGUUCAGCCUCCGGCCCUCCAGCAGAACGCUCGGCCUGCGGUGUCUGAAAAUCUGCGUUUGUUGGCCACAAACGCUACUGUCCUUCAGCAAUUUAUCAGGGGAUUGCUGAGUGAGUCGCCAUACAACCCUGAGAUGCUUUCAAAAACAGGAAAAACACAAACUCUCAGAUCAUCGUCCAGUUUAAGUGAGUUUAACUUUAAUUAUUUAAAUUGGUUUUGGGGAUUCACAACAGUAUUAACAGAAAAUUCUGUUUAAAUUUUACCAAAAGAAAUCUGCACUGAAUCAAAGUAGAAGCUGCUUCAUUUUUGCAAAGUUUGAAUAUUGUCAUCUUCUUUUGUGCAGAAUUAUCAUCAGUUUUCAGAAUUAUUGUUGUUUAUGCAGGAAGUUUGCUAUGAAAUAUUUAAUAAUUUUAGAAAAAUUUCAGAAGAAUAUGUUCUUUUUUUUUAGUUUAUUGGUUUGCUUUCAAAUGACUAACUUUUUGACUUUUUGUUGCUGUUUAUGAAUACUGUUUAAAAUGAGACUAACAAAGUCACGGUAAGUAAUAACUCUGUUUCUUUCAACCCUUUUUGCAAGAAUUUAGCUUUUAUUUUAAAAUGGUUUUGUUAUUGUAAUACAUUAAAGAGAUUUUUUAUGAUGUUUUUUUUAUAUUCUCACCAACACUUUGUAGAAAAGUGACUCCAUCUUUUGAACAUGUAGUAAGUAUUGCAGCCUAUAUUUUGGAAUCCUUGCAGACUAGAAGACACAGCAAGUUCUAUGUUUCUGAGAGUUUCGUUUCAGGCAAACAUCAGCUGGAGGAUUAAUGGAGUUCCCAAAGGCCUGAUUAAUCAGACCCUGGAUCACAGUCGUGAUCUGAGCACCCAGCAAGAACAGAACAGAGCAGACCAGCUGGGGUCUGUUUGUGUUCAGUCCAGAGGAGCAGCGUUUGGAAGUGGAUUGUUCCAGUUCCUCUUCACAGCAUCAGGCUCCAUCAUCUUUCUUCCUUGAAGCUGCUCAAGGAACCGUUCAAACAGAUCUAAAGGAAAGUAGCAGUAAAAAGGGAUUUUCAUCCAUUAAAAAUACAGAUUAUAAAAGGUAUUUUUCUGUUUUCAGCCUCAGAUCAAUGUUGGAAACUGAGAUUAUGAGGGUAAAGCAGGUGUUGGCAAAAAUCACAAGAUCUUCCUUCACAGGAUGGUGAAAUUGGUGGAGAUGCUGAUCCUGUGAAGAAGUCAAGGUGGGACAGGUGCUUUCCACCACGAGUUUGCAAGAAGAGGAGAGAAGAUGCUGUGAUGUUUGAAACCAAUUCCAGAGGGCCAGAAAGGAAACAGAAAACUGGACACAGAUGGGCAAAGACCAAAAAUGUGGCAACUUUUACAAAUAAAAGUUGACACGACACCAAGA